AUGAAACUGUACACACUGCUGCUGCUGCCGCUGCUGCUGUUGGGGUCCCUGCGCAGAGUGUCCACCCAGUUGUCUGAAGUAGUAGAAGAAGACAAGAGAAGCGGUGAGGCGGGAUGGAUUCCUCAGCCAGACUUCGUGAACGACACAUAUUGGUCCGGGACGGCACCCAUUUGUCUAGGAGGCUGCAGGGGGAGGCAUCAGGAACUGAGGAGAGAUCCCUGUGGUGACGCCGACUGUUGCUGGUUUGGCUUCAAGUCCCUGUGCAGAGUGAACUGCGGGAAGCCAGAUGUGGACUACAACGGUAUAGUGUACGGCAAUGACUGGUGGGUAGACUCCGUGGUGAGGUACACGUGUCGCCCCGGCUUUAUGCUGAUGGGAGACCCGACCAGAACUUGCCAGUCCAACGGCCUCUGGACACCUAAACCCAGCUGCCUCCGGAUGUGCCCGCGAGGACAGCUAGAGAUCAGCGAGCGGGAGUUAAACGGGAGCUGCUCCUCCACCUGCACCUAUAAGAGCUACUACGGGCCGCCGAAGAGGGGCUGCACCCGCAUUGACAACUGUAAGAAGAAGGAGACCGGCUGGAAGCGCUUCUUUGCCCAGUGUGCGCCCUGUAUCUGUGACUGCUCUUUGUCCUGUGCUGACUGA